AUGACCCUGCAAUCACAUCCUGACCCGUUGUUCGACCUGCGAUACAGUUGCACAUAUUGGUUGGACCAUUUUAUCAAUUCCACAUCUGUGGAACAGCCUGAAUCACUGGAUGAUCAGAUAUCCAAUUUCUUCAAGCAUCAUUUCCUCCACUGGUUGGAAAGCCUUAGCCUUAUUGGCGAGCUCCGGCACGGAAUCUUGAUUCUUAAGAAGCUUUCAGUUUGUCAUACACGGCAUCAAACAAUCUUUAAGGAGGCUGAAAGAUUCGCAAGUGCUAAUGCUAUGAUAAUACAAGAGGCACCUCUACAAACAUAUAGCGCCGCACUUAUCUUCUUGCUUGAAGACCACGGAUCCUGGGUCAACGCAGUGGCCUUCUCACCUGAUGGGCAGACAGUCGCGUCCGCCUCCAGUAAUAAGACUAUCCGACUCUGGGACACAGCCACUGGUACUGAGAAGCUGAUCCUCAAGGGCUACAGAUUCUUAAUCUAUACAGUUAACGCAAUGACCUUCUCACCCGACAGGCAGACAGUUGCAUCCGCUUCCAGUGAUAAGACCACCCGGCUCUGGGACGUGGCCACCAAUGCUAAGAAGUGGACCCUUGAAGGCCAUCAGGACUGCUCGGUUAAUAUAGUGAUCUUCUCACCUAACAGGCAGAUGGUCGCGUCCGCUUCCGUUAACAGGACCAUCCGGCUCUGGGACAAGGCCACCAGUACACAGAAGCAGAUACAUCGUUCUGAUAUGAUAGCAACAGCCCUCUGGUUCUCAACUGAUGGAUGUUAUCUGAACACUGAUCGUGGUUCACUUCCCUUGGAUCUUAAAGCGUCUAACUCAUCGAAUAAUCUAAUAUUCGUUCAUGAGAAAUGGGUACGCCGGAACGGACAGCACUUGAUUUGGCUUCCAUCACAGUAUCGGGCGACAUGUGUGCUGACCAGAGAGCACACUGUGAUUCUUGGACAUUAUUCAGGAGCAUUGACAUUCCUUUGGCUCAACAGAAUUAUAUAG